UGUCAGUGGCGCGAUGACGCUGUUAUUGUGCGCACGAAGUGAUCGUUUAUGUUAAUUGACGACAUCGCGGUGUGCUUUUUCAGUUUGACGUUUCAGUGGUUUUGUUGUGCAAUUUUUAUUUCAAGGAUUUGUUUUUACCUUUUGGGAGCUCAAAGCAAGGAUCAUUACUACAUUAUCAAGAACCAGAAACUGAGUUCCUCUUCGCUUACACCAAAAAAACAGUACCCAUCCGGAAUAAAUAUAAGUGAUAAUAGUGUUAAUUAUUUUUAAUUUUAAAACCCGCAUAAUGCAAAACGUGCGUAUCCACGAGCCCCAAACGGGCGGGCGUCGAGUAAUCGACAAAAUCGUAGAAGUGUCGCUAUCUAGCGGCGAUCCGUUGGUGAAACUUCGCGUGCCGCAACCGCGAGAUCUGGAAUGUCGCGUGCCCAGAGUGACAUCGGACAGAAGCAGACACGUGCCUCUGGGUCCGAAUAGCAGUGAAAAACUCUUGCAAAGUUCCAUAAUUGCGGAUAAGUACCAGUUGUUCGAGCAAGUAGAAGGUAGUUCUCUUUAUCGUUGUAUGGAUAUCAAUUCCAAGGAAGAGCUAGUUUGUAAGAUCGUAUCGCGGGAGAGCCAUUCGCUGGUAUCUGCUCACUACAAAUUAGACUUCAACUCCCGCAUAUCCUCCAUUCACGAAGUGAUAGCGAGAAAUCGCUACCUGUACCUGAUAUUCCCGAAAGCGCACGGCGAUCUGCAUUCGUACGUCAGGUCGAGGAAGCGACUUCGCGAAUCGGAGGCCAAAAAGCUGUUUCGCCAAAUCGCCGAGACCGUCCAAGUUUGCCACGAAAACGGAAUCGUUCUUAGGGAUUUGAAAUUGAGGAAGUUCGUAUUCGCCGAUCAGCAUCGGACGGAACUUAAGUUAGAAUCUUUAGAAGACGCUGUAGUUUUAGAAGAACCGGACAGCGAUUGGUUACACGACAAAAGAGGAUGUCCUGCCUACGUAAGCCCAGAAAUUUUGAAAGCCGGGGCCCAUUAUUCAGGAAAAGCCGCAGAUAUGUGGAGUUUAGGUGUUAUACUGUAUACCAUGUUAGUUGGAAGGUAUCCUUUCAACGACUCAGAACACGCCUCGUUAUUUGCCAAAAUAUCCCGUGGCCAUUUCGUCAUUCCCGAAUGUCUAUCAGCCAGAGCGCGAUGUCUGAUCCGAUCGCUGCUCAGACGAGAACCGUCAGAACGGAUCACAUCCGACGACAUCCUUUACCAUCCUUGGCUGGCGAAAGAGGACAGAGAUUGGUCUUCGAAAGCCUGUGAUCAACUCGUGCCCGAAUCUUCCCUCUAUGACGAUUAGUUCCUUUUUUUUUUCUGUGAAAAAAAAAUCGUGCAAAGUGCAAAUCUUGUGCUGUGUUUUAGAAUAAGUGAGAAAAUCCUGUUGGUAGGUUCAAAACGGCUUGUAAUUUUUCUGUAACGAAUGAUCGAUAUGACGUGGAAAAUGCAUAAGUACUACAUGCUCCAAGUAGAAAACCUUUACAGAGUAUUGCUAUUGGCAUGUCAAUAUUGAAAAAUUUAAUUCCUUUGCCUAUUUAUUACUAGUAUUUGAUAUAAACAUUUUGAUAUAUUAUGAACAUGGAGUAAUAUUUUGACAUAAAUUAACUUUUUGAAAAAUUUAACCAGUGGCGUGCUAUUAAGGUUAGUAGGAAGUUUUUCCCACAAUUUUUUACGCUAUUGAAACAUUCUUUUUAUUAUUUUUAUCUCGGAAAUGAAGAUCUUUAAUGGUUCACGAUCCUAUAUAAAAAUUAAUCAAUUAACGAGAGCUCUCUGAGGUAGAGUUUUGUCGGUCGAAUAUACUAACGCCUUGUUUGAAAUUUAGUCACAAAAUAGGCAUCUUUCAAUAUUAACACAUGACAUUUAGUAACGCACUGUAAAUUUCUGGAAAAACUGUUAUUAUUUAACAAGAAAAAAUAUUAUUUUUCCCUCAAUGAUUACAGUGGAAAACAAACAUUUGCUAAAAAAAAUACCAAAGAAAAAUAUUUUUAAAAUUCACAUUAUUUAUAAAAUUUGUAUUGUUUCUCAAUGUUAGUAACAGUUGACCUGAAAUGUUUCAACCACUAUAAUCACUGACUUCUUUUUUAAUUUUUUGCUGUUGUUUUGAACCUGCAACUGUUUUUAGAAGCCAUUCACUAGCUUUAAGUCUUGAUGAAUUGUGGUAUUGUUUUAUUUUUUUUGUUACUUGUUUUCCAAAAAAGAUUUUCCGGUACACUCGUUUUUUCUAUUUAUUUUGUUAUGUAAUAUAAGUUGAUGGCCGAAAAUCUUCUUUGGUCGCACAUUUAUUUAAAGCAUCCUGAUAUUAUUUGUUUCUGUUUAGAUUGUUCAAAACUUUGAUCUUUUUUGCAAUUAAACUAUAUAGGUCAGUUAGAAGAACUGAAUUUGUAAUUUUUUUGAUUUUUGUAUAAGCAUCACGCUGGGGAUUUUAAAUUGAUUAAAGACUGAAUAGGGAUUUAUUUUAUUUUACCAAAAAUGAACAUCGUUCCAAAAAUGUAAAUUAUUGACAGGUACAAAAAUAUUUUGUUAAAUAUGUCAGAAAAAAUAACUGCAUGACAUCUUAUUCUUAAAUUUGAUAUACAGAGUUGAAUUAGAACUUUAGUAUUUGGUUGUGAUAUUUUUAUGACGUCAUCACGACUCAAAAUAAGACGUUAUUACCAGUUUUUUGAACACCCUUUUUUUGAUAGCACCAUUUUUUUAAAUAAUAAUAUUUUCGAGUUAAUUUUUUUUAGUAUUUAUAAUGUAAUGUAUUUUUUCUCGAAAAUGUUAUGAAUAUACAACGAAAUUUUGAAAAAUGGUGAUUACGUUAUAACUUGAAUAUUGAUGAAGUCAUAAAGUAGAUCAAAAUAUAAUGUAUCUAAAAAAAAAUAAAAUUGACAUACCUGAGCAUUUUUGCCUAACCCUGUAUAUGAAGUUGCUAAUUGUUUUUAUUCGUUUUUUUUUUUUUUUUCAAAAUAUAUUUGUUACUUAUUUAAUAACUUACCUAUCCUGUGUAAAAUGUCGAUAAAAAAAUAAUUUUCUUUUCAAAUAAAAAAUAAUUUUCCUUUCAAAUGCAAGAAUUCUUUGUUUUGUUUCUCAAAUUUUUUUAUGACCAAAAUUAUUUUUUAAUCACUAGAGUAUUUCAAUUUGUGAAGAGCGAAAUGAAAUAAAACUAAAUAAUAAUAAUAAUAAUAAUUAAUAAUAAUAAUAGAAACAACCUUCGUGAUGCAUAUUAGUAUUGUGAUCUCGGUCAAAAAAACGUUUUGACCACACUAUGUAUAUUUUUUGAACUGAUCCUGUACAUAAAAUUCGUUGUAUAUUUCGUUUUUAACUUAUAUAUAAUGUUAGUUGGUAUAUUAUAAAUCGUUGUAAAAAUCAUUGUACAUAGCUUCGUAUAUGUGAGGAAAAAUCAUCGGUGGUAUAUUAUUAUGCAAAUGUUCAUAAUUAAAAAAAACAUUUUU